GGGGACCGGGUGGCGGCGGCGGCUUGGGCGAGAGCAGCAUGGAUUGGGGCACCGAGCUGUGGGAUCAGUUUGAGGUGCUCGAGCGCCACACGCAGUGGGGGCUGGACCUGCUGGACAGAUACGUGAAGUUCGUGAAAGAGCGGACCGAGGUGGAGCAGGCUUACGCGAAACAGCUGCGGAACCUGGUGAAAAAAUACCUGCCCAAGAGAACUGCCAAGGAUGACCCCGAGUCCAAGUUCAGCCAGCAGCAGUCCUUCAUGCAAAUUCUCCAGGAGGUGAACGAUUUUGCCGGGCAGCGGGAGCUGGUGGCUGAGAACCUGAGCGUCCGCGUGUGCCUUGAGUUGGCCAAGUACUCGCAGGAGAUGAAGCAGGAGAGGAAGAUGCACUUCCAGGAAGGUCGGCGGGCCCAGCAGCAGCUGGAAAAUGGCUUCAAACAGCUGGAGAAUAGCAAGCGUAAGUUUGAGCGGGACUGCCGGGAGGCCGAGAAGGCAGCCCAGACUGCUGAGCGGCUAGACCAGGAUAUUAAUGCCACCAAGGCUGACGUGGAGAAGGCCAAACAGCAAGCUCACCUCCGGAGUCACAUGGCAGAAGAAAGCAAAAAUGAAUAUGCAGCCCAACUACAGCGCUUCAACCGAGACCAGGCCCACUUCUACUUUUCCCAGAUGCCCCAGAUAUUUGAUAAGCUGCAAGACAUGGACGAACGUCGUGCAGCCCGCCUGGGGGCUGGAUAUGGGCUUCUGUCUGACGCCGAGCUGCAGGUGGUACCCAUUAUUGCCAAGUGCUUGGAGGGCAUGAAGGUGGCCUCGGAUGCUGUGGAUGCCAAGAGUGACUCCCACGUCCUCAUUGAGCUACACAAGUCAGGUUUCGCCCGCCCGGGCGAUGUGGAAUUCGAAGACUUCAGCCAGCCCAUGAACCGUGCGCCUUCUGACAGCAGCCUGGGCACCCCCUCUGAUGGACGGCCGGAGCUCCGUGGUCCUGGCCGCAGCCGCGCCAAGCGCUGGCCUUUCGGCAAGAAGAACAAGACAGUGGUGACGGAGGAUUUCAGCCACUUGCCCCCGGAGCAGCAGAGAAAGCGGCUUCAACAGCAGCUGGAAGAACGUAAUCGGGAACUACAGAAGGAGGUCGACCAGAGGGAAGCCCUGAAGAAAAUGAAGGAUGUGUAUGAGAAGACACCCCAGAUGGGGGACCCCGCCAGCCUGGAGCCCCAGAUCACGGAAACCUUGAGCAACAUCGAACGGCUGAAGUUGGAAGUGCAGAAGUAUGAGGCUUGGCUGGCAGAAGCCGAGAGCCGGGUCCUGAGCAACCGGGGGGACAGCCUGAGCCGCCACACCCGGCCUCCCGACCCCCCAGCCAGCGCCCCACCGGACGACAGCAACCACAGCUCGCAGGACAAGGAGAGCUCUGAAGAGCCCCCCUCAGAGGAGGGUCAGGACACCCCCAUCUACACGGAGUUCGAUGAGGACUUUGAGGAGGAACCUGCCUCCCCCAUAGGUCAUUGUGUGGCCAUUUACCACUUCGAAGGGUCCAGUGAGGGCACCAUCUCCAUGGCAGAGGGAGAAGACCUCAGUCUCAUGGAGGAGGACAAGGGCGACGGCUGGACCCGCGUCCGGCGGGAACAGGGUGGGGAGGGCUAUGUGCCCACCUCCUACCUCCGUGUCACGCUCAACUGAGCCAGAGGCGGGAAGCGGGGGGCUGUCGGCUGCUGCUUCUGGGCCACGGGGGGCCCCAGGACCUACGCACUUUAUUUCUGCCCCCGUGGCUUCGGCUGAGACCUGUGUAACCUGCUGGCCCCCCACCCCCUACCCCAAAUGGACCCGCUGUGCCUUUCACCACCGAUGUAUAUACUCAUGUGUCAGAUCUUUUCUUCCUGCCGCUAGGCUGGGGCUGUUUUGUUUUAUA